AAAGCAAGAAAGGAAAAUUUAUGUACAAGCAGCAGAUUUGGGACCAAUGGGUCAAAAGCCCAUAUUGAGCCCAACUUAUGUUUCACUGAUUCACUCCCUUGCUCGACGUCGAAUCAACUCAUCCCAAGAUCCCCAAAUUCCGCCAUCGCUAGGGUUUUAGCCGGCCAGCCAGCGGCCAGCCUGAAGAACUUCAAGGGAUUCUCCCCCGCCAGAAAUGUCGUCGUCGAAAACCUUGGUCCAGAAUGGAGCUUCGUUAAUCAACCGACUGUUCCGGUCACAUCCGACUCUCCACCAGCAAAUCCCUAUCAUGCCGAAACAUCAUCAACUUCUUCAAUCCCCGCCUCACGCGCUGCGAAUCACUCCUCAGCUAUUCCCGUCACUCCACAAUUUCCAGCCUUCUGAACAUUCGCCCGAGAUCGACGAUUUCAAUUCGAUCCAGAGACUAACAAGUGAAGGGUUUCUGAAUCCCUGCGGCCUUCCUUCGCUUGAGUUCUUCUUGCCCGAAGGCGAUUCAUCAGAUGAAAUGCUGUUGUUUCCAAAAAGGACAUUCCAACCUAGCACCCUCAGGCGUAAGCGAAACCAUGGCUUCUUUGCACGCAAGGCAACCAAGGGUGGAAGGAAAGUCAUUGCACGAAGGGUAGCAAAAGGGCGUUUCAGAAUUACGGCUUGACAAAUGGAACUUGUGGAAUAAGGAGCCGGUCGACUUCAUCUGUAGCACAAUAUGACCUUACUGCAAACGGAGGCCAUUGUUUCCUUGGUAUAUCCCCCUGCUUAUGAGAGAAUUUUCGGUGAGCUUUUAGAAGUUAGAAUCAAUCUUUUUUCUCUCUCGACUAGGCUUCUGUAUAAAUAUUCACUGUUGUGCUUGAAUUGGAUGAAGAAGGUUUAUGGAUGGAUUCUGGUAGAUCGAGGUUUUAUAGUUUCUUCUAUGUCUAUUGAAUUGGUUUGGAUCGUAGCACAACCUGAUUCGGUUUCGAUUCCCAAGUUUGAAACUUUUUUCGUUCCGACUUCAUUGAAUGUCCUUAAAAUAUCGUCAUAUGAGACCGAACUUGAUCGAAUACACUUUUUUUUGGGGCU